AUGGCAGUGUCUCCUUCAUCAGCGGGUGUCUCCGUGCCAAUGGGAGAUUCAAAACUCCGCCGAGGGCAUAGCAAAGCUUAUCCAAGAGAUCACUUGGGUUUCGUUGCCAAGAUGCAAUUCUACUUUCGAAAACAUUCAGGAGCUGUCUUGGCGACAGUUUGUUUUUUCGCCUUUUGUUUGUUGGUGUCGUCGGAUUUCAUACACGACACUGCUCCUGGAUUGCGAGCGCAUCAAAGUGGGGAAAUUAAUUUUGCGGGAGCCAUCAAGAAGGGAUACUUUUCGACGGCAGGGUCCAUAGUGAAGGAAAAUGUCUUUCGGUUUGCGGCCAUUACAGAUUUGGACCAACUUUCCAAGUUUGAAGAUGGCGACAAGAUAAAAUUCAAGAGUCAUUUGCUGCCAGGAACAUUGACAAGAGAUCCAUCCGAUGGAACGUAUUCGAUUGAAAUGGAAGAGACUAGAGAAAUUGUCACUGGGCACAAUGAAGCUGGUAGAGGUGCCGAAUUCAGUGAACUUCAAGUCUUCAACAACCGACUGUUGACCUUUGACGACCGGACGGGUGAAGUCUUUGAGAUUCGAAACAAUGCUGACGGUAAAUCAUCGUAUUUGGUACCUCGAUUUGUCGUGACGGAAGGAGAAGGUGAUACUGAUAAGGGUAUGAAGUGGGAAUGGGCGACCGUCAAGGAUAAUGAAUUGAUCAUUGGAAGCAUGGGAAAAGAAUACACACGACCCGAUGGAACCAUUGUAAACAAGAACAAUCUAUGGGUCAGUGUCUUGGACAAUCGCGGCAGCUUAACUCGGAUGGACUGGUCGUCCCAGUACGAAUUUGUCCGACACCACUUGGGAGCCGAUUCACCAGGAUACCUCAUUCAUGAGGCUAUUCGAUGGUCGGAACACUUGCACAAAUGGGUCUUUGCUCCACGUAGAAUAUCCGAUCAAAAAUAUGAUGACGAGAAGGACGAAAAAAUGGGUUCCAACAAGGUGGUCUUGGUCAAUGAAGGAUUUACCAGUGCGGAAACUGUUCAUGUGAAGAUGGCUUCGAACGAUGGUCUCCAUGGAUUUUCCUCCUUUGCUUUUGUGCCUGGAACCAACGACAAGCAUGUCUUGGCCUUGAGAAGUGUCGAAGAAGAUUGUGCGGGAGACGACUUGGAUAUUUGCAAACAAAGGUCGUACUUUGUAGUCUUUGACUUGACGACGGGAGAUGUCUUGAUGGACGAAGUCGAAAUCGAAAAGAAAAUGAAGUUUGAAGGUGUGGAGUUCGUAGACCUGAACACCAUACCGCCAACCAACUAG